CUGUUUGCAUACCGAUCUUCCCUCAACGCUGCACGCUUCUCCGAAUUGGGAUCACAGACCUCGGAAGCGGUGGAUUUUAUCAGCUGGACGCUGCUGGUCACAAUUCACCUUUCGAGGGACGACCACACAGAUCUGCAUUUUUUUUUUUCUGUUUAAUUUGAAUACUUACCUCCAGCAAGUCCGAGGCUUCCCCCAAACCGGCUGAUAAGAGCAUUUUUUCUUUUUGAAGGGGACACAGAUUGUCACAGGCAGAGGUUUCGGCGCUGAGAGUCGCGUUGAGCCCAUGAAAACAGGAGAAGAGAGAAAACUGAGAAAAGUCAUCAGCUUCACCUGAACGAGGAGGCAUUAGCAGAUACACAUGGGGCAGGGAGAGGCUUCAGCGCGGGGGACGACCAUGGAGGGGGACUGUCUCAGCUGCAUCAAGUACCUCAUGUUUGUCUUCAAUUUCCUCAUCUUUCUGGGGGGCUCGUUCCUCCUGGGAGUGGGAGUGUGGGUCCUGGUGGACCCCACAGGCUUCAGGGAAAUAGUAGCAGCGAACCCCCUGCUGUUCACCGGGGUCUACAUCAUCCUGGGCAUGGGAGGCAUGCUUUUCCUUCUCGGCUUCCUGGGCUGCUGCGGCGCCAUCCGUGAAAACAAGUGUCUGCUCCUCUUUUUCUUCAUGCUCAUCCUGCUCAUCUUCUUAGCAGAGCUGGCUGCUGCCAUCCUGGCCUUCAUAUUCCGGGAACAUCUGACCAGAGAGUACUUCACCAAGGAGCUGAAGAGACAUUAUCAGGGCUACAACAACACUGAUGUUUUCACCUCCACAUGGAACGCCAUCAUGUCCACAUUUGACUGCUGUGGGGUGAACAGCCCAGAGGAUUUUAAGGACAGUCUGUUCAGGCUGAUCAACCAGAAUCACAUGGUGCCAGAAGCCUGCUGCCAGCAUGCCAGUCAGACCGGGGAGGUGGCCUAUAUCAGCCAGGAGCAGUGCCUAUCAGGAAAUAUGAUGUUCCGCCAUAACAAGGGCUGUUACACCGCAGUUGUUGACUACUUUGAAUUGUACAUCUAUGUGGCUGGAGCGCUGGCCAUCGUGGUGCUGACCAUUGAGCUCUUUGCCAUGGUCUUUGCGAUGUGUCUCUUCAGGGGAAUCCAGUAGAGCUGCUCCGUCUGUGAACUUCUUUCUUUUAAAGGGAAUUCAGGAGAGAAGAAACUCAAAUGAACACUUGUAAAUUUGUUGAUCUGUUUUUCUAUUGGCAAAUUGGUAGGAAAAAAAACUCAGACUCUUGUACUUCACAGCUGGACUUUUGAGGUACUGGGUGGCAAAAAAAAGACACACACAUAUACUUACAUAAAGCUUAGGGAAAGUGGGAGAUCAGAAACAAAGCUGAUGUUAAAUAAAUUGUGUGUGAAGUGGAAACAGUAAUUUUUUGGACCAGGUCUAGCACAGACUGGUGUAACGUGGACGAGCAUGAGGACCAGGUGAAGCCUGAGCAGAAGGCACUGCACUGACUUUUGGAUGAAGAAUAUUUAUAUUAAGUAAAGUUGGCUUAACUGUAAAUAAUGUGUUUUAUGUACACUUUGGCUGCAACCCUCCAAACUUUCAUACUGUAAACUGCAAGACACUCCCUCCCUCCAUACCACUUUUUUAUUUACAGCCACUCUUCUUUUAUGCUGUAUUAUAUAAGCUGUGUGUGUGUAUGUCUGUGUGUGUGUGUGUGUGUGUGUGUGCGUGCACGUGUGUGUGUGCAUGCGUGCGUGUGUGUUUGCGCACUUGUGUGCGUGUGUACAUACUUGAUGCUCUUUUUUUGAAUGUGUAUGAGCUAGAUUGUGAGCAUAAGGCUCUUCAUGAUCCACCUGAGCUUAAAAGCCUCUGGUUCUUUUUCUAUUUGUAUGGUGAUGUUUAUUGCAGUAGUGGUUCCAUGUGGUUUUAGGUGGUGAAAUGUAUGUGUAUGCAUUUGUAUUAGAUUCUUGAAAAGUCAAUGGCAUAAAUGGCAUUCUAAAUGACUGA